ACUUAUUAAUAUUAUUAUAUUAUAUUUUUUAUUCAUUUUUAAUACCACUAAUAUUACAUUUUUGUUGCAUAUCAGUAGUUUCGUCUCACAAGUCACAACAAUAUCAUCUCGAAUGUACUCAUGUUCUUUUUAAUGUUCCCGGUUUAUAGUAUGUUCGGAUUUCAACAAUCCAAAAGUUGCUCUUUUACUAUUAACCGAUAAAUCAUGUAGAUUAAAAAAUGUAUUAUAUAUAUUUAUUUACAGUUUUUAGUACUUAAACAUUAUUAGACAUGGAUCAUAGUGUGUGUUACAUUUCUGACCCACAAUUAAUCCAAGAAUGCUGUAAAAUUCCAAAUAUUUCAAAAAGAGCUCAUUUAGUUGAUAGUCUCAUUAAGGCAUAUCAUCUACCUGAUCACAUGGAUGUAUUUAAAGUGAAUCCUUCAUCAUAUGAAGAUCUUAUAGGAUUCCAUUCUAGUGCAUAUGUUGAUUUCCUAAAGAAAUUAAAUGAUAACAACAGUUCUAUCUUGGACACUGAAGAGGAAUAUGGAAUUGGUUAUGAUUGUCCAGUUGUAAAAGAUAUAUGGCAAUUUAUUACAUAUAUCUCAGGUGCUUCAUUAACUGCUGCAAAAGCAUUAACAACUAUGCAAUACAGAUAUUCUAUCAACUGGUGUGGGGGUUGGCAUCAUGCACUAAGAGAUUCAGCUCAAGGUUUUUGUUAUAUAAAUGAUAUAGUUCUUGCCAUAGAAAUGUUAAGAAAAACUUUUGGGAAGGUGUUAUACAUUGAUAUUGAUGUUCAUCAUGGCAAUGGUGUUGAGUAUGCAUAUAUGGCUACAGACAAAGUCCUUACCCUUUCAUUUCAUCAAUAUGAACCAGGCUUUUAUCCUACAAGUGGAUCAUUGGAUGAUAUCGGAAUAGAUAAAGGAAAAUAUUUUACUGUGAAUGUUCCAUUUAAAGAAGGAAUAAACGAUGAUAAAUACAUAACAAUGUUUCAAAAAAUAAGUAAUAUGGUGAAUAGUUCCUAUGAUCCAAAAUGUAUUGUUGUCCAAUGUGGGGCAGAUAGUUUAGUUGGAGACCCACUUGGUGGAUUUAACUUGACACCAAAAGCAUUAGCGGAAUGUGUGAAAAAUGUAAUGAAAUGGGAAAAACCUACAUUAUUUCUCGGUGGAGGCGGAUAUAAUGAAGCAAAUGUUGCACGUUGUUGGACAUAUUUAACCGCAGUUAUUACUGGACAAGAGGAUGUAUUAUCUAGUGAUAUACCAGAUAAUGAGUUUUUUUCAGCUUAUGGUCCAGACUUUACUUUUAAUAUCAAUCCAGGAAAUCGAAAAGAUUUUAAUUCAUUUAAUAAUUUGAAUAACAUUUUCAGUGUUAUUGCAAAUAACAUGAAAAUAGUAAAAGAAUUGGUACGCAAGCAGGAAAAAUAAUUCAUCAUUAAAACUGUGUACUUCUUAAAAAGAUUUUUUAAUAAUACUUAAAAAAUAAAGUUGUUAUAAUAUA